CAUUGCCUCCGGGUUCGAUGGCCUGAGGCUCUCCCGCGGCCCUGGGAAGCGUUGUUCCUGCGAUCGAGAUAUCUUUCUGCGACUGGUCAGCUGGGGCUUCAAAUCGUGUGAGAUUUCAGGUCUUGCAGGUCCUCUUCCUCGCAAACCGUGUGCCCCGGGGCUGUCCUUCGACCUUCAGGUUUCGAGCUCGCAGAGGCUUUCCAGCUUAUCAUCCAAGGUCCGUGCUCUUCCUUAUCCGGACCAUGGAAGGAGAAUUACCCAAUAUAAAGAAGUGGAUUGUUUUGUAUCCUGUUUACAUGAAUUCAAAAAAGACAGUGGCUGAAGGAAGGAGAAUUGGCUUGAGCAAGGCUUGUGAAAAUCCUACUUGUGCUGAAAUUGGUGAUUGCUGCAGCUAUCUUAAACUUCCCUUUGCUAUUGAGAUAGACAAGGCAUACCCACGUGAUUUUAUGCAACGAGGGAGAGUGCGGGUAUUGCUAAAAAAGGAGGAUGGGACUCUAUAUAAUCCUUCCAUUACAUCCAGAAAAAGUCUAAUGCUUCGCAUUGCGGAAAUGGUACCCAGACACCAUGGAAGGGCAAAAAAGCAGGAGCCCGUGUCAACAUCAGCCGGAACCUCCAACAACAAACCUGGGAAAAGUGGAAAGAAGAAGAGAUAAACCCUGUUUUAAACAUUGGCCCAAAAAAGAGCGUUGGCCGAAAACAAAAUCCUGUUUAUCAGGAUGUCUUGCUGAGUUUCAAGCUUUUCCGUCCCAAGAUGUUUGUUGAGCAAUUGCAGAGUGUUAGCCAUCUAGACUCGAGAUUCUUCCUCUUGCUUGAGGAACCUUUGAACCUUUUCUUGUAGGAUUCAAUUUUGUAGGUUCUUCCAAACUGGCAAGACUUACCCUGUAGAUUUGUAUUUUUCAAUUCCAAUGCUCUGAUGUUGCAUUGCCUGAUCUUCCUAUGGUUCUUGUAGAGAUGCACCAUAGGAAGUAAUGUCAAUACAGAUGUGAUAUCAACCAGCUCUAUGGGGCUUACUGAAAAUAGAAAGCUUCAAAUACAGUGUUUUCAUGAA